CUUCCUCUUCCCACCAUCCCUGCUGCACUGCCUUCGCUGCAGGCACGAUGUGGCCUCACUACCUCUUCCUCUUCCUUCUCCUCCACGAGACAUGGGCAGAAGCAGAAACCUCAUGCCCUCCCCCUGAAGAAUUACAGUUUUUCCAGCUCUUCUACACGUUGCUCUUGGAUAACAUCAGCUCCACAGAACUGACUGGGACGGCUCUGCUGGCAGAUGUGCCCAUAGGGGUGCUGGAUCCGCACACCUGGAACUUAAACAUCUGCCGGCCAUGGGUCCACGAGGCCACGGCUAAGAGUGAAGUGAAGAAGAUUCUGUCCUUCUCCAUGGUCGGCAUACGCAAUACGAUUCGGUUCAUGCAUGAGAUGGCUACAAAGGCAGGGUUGGACUACCCACUGGUUUUCCAGAUCCACACAGGCUGCAAGCUUUACACCAACGGAACAAGAUGGAGCUUUGUCAACAUUGGGGAAGGUGGCAGAGACCUGGUGACAUACGACCUGAGUGAGGAGCGCUGGGUUCCCCGGAGGUCCACCCUGCUGGCUGAGCUGAUGAGCAACACUCUCACUGACCUCCGCGCCGUGUCGGGGCUCCUGGAGCACAUCUUCUCCACCUCCUUGCCAGACUACAUCCUCAUGCUGCACAAGGAAGGGAGGACAGAUCUGGAGAGACGAGUGCCACCCAUCGCUGUGGUCUUCGCCCGCACGGCCGGCCCAGCGCAGCUCCUGCUGGUUUGCCGUGUCACCAGCUUCUACCCACGGCCCAUCACCGUCACCUGGCUGCGGGACGGCAGAAAGGUGCCCCCGAGCCCGGCGCUGAGCACCAGCGCUGUGUUACCCAACGCCGACCUCACCUACCAGCUCCGCAGCACCCUGCUGGUGUCCCCCCGGGACGGGCACAGCUACACCUGCCGCGUGCAGCACUGCAGCCUGGGUGACCGCAGCCUCCUCGUCCUCUGGGAAAACCCCAGUGCAUCUUCCACCAUCGUCGUCACCAUCACCAUCCUUUUCCUCACUGCCAUCAUCAUUGGGGCAGUUUGGUGGUGGAGGCAUAGGAAACACGCUGGGUCUGGAAGGGAUUCCCGGGCACUCCUCAUCUGAUGCCCACCCUGCACUGAGACCCUCACUCCCUGCUCCAUUUCCAAGCCAGCUGCACCGAUGGUGGUGACAAAGCAGUGCCGCACCAGCAGGGGACAGAGCAGACCACAGAAGAGCAUUCAUUGCCUUAUGACAAAGUGUCCCUCUUCUCUUCCCCUAACCCUGUACUGUGUAUCCAGCCUUGACCCAGUGUCUCUUCCUCAUCCCAGUGCUCCCGCCUCAUCCCUUCUCCUAUACCCACUGUAUGUCCCCCCUCACAGCCCCAGUCCUGUCCCUGCACCCCUUCUUCAGCCCAUGUCCUUUCACAUCCCAAACUGUCCCUUUUCUGCGCCACCUGUCCUUCCCAUCCCACGCCCCAUUCUGUCCCUGUCUCUCUUCCCAGUCCCCACAUCCAUCUGCUGUCCCCUGUGUCCCCUAUCCUGUGGCUCUGGGUGAGGUUGCCUUGUUGGCCCUCAGCAAAAUGGGAAAGAAUGAGGCAAAACUGUGA